UCAAAAGAGAGCAUGGAUCGCAGCAAGAGCGAAACAUCCAUCGACAUGGGCAAGGCCACUAAGGCGGUUCCAGUUCCAGUUCCAGUCCCAGUCCCGCAGCCUGCAUGGAAGAGAGGAGUUUCCAUCUUCGACUUCAUAUUGAGGGUGUGUGGGCUGGUAGCCGCCCUGGCAGCUACGGCCACCAUGGGCACCACUGAUCAGACUCUUCCUUUCUUCACUCAGUUCUUCCAGUUCCAAGCCAGCUACGAUGACCUCCCCACUUUCACAUUCUUCGUGGUGGCGAAUGCCAUAGCAAGUGGCUACUUGCUCCUAUCCAUGCCUUUCUCCAUUGUCGCAAUCGUUCGGCCCCACGCAUCGGGAGUCAAGCUUCUCCUCCUCAUCCUUGAUACCGUGGUGAUGGGUUUGACAACGGCGGCAGCAGCAGCGGCAGCGGCGAUUGUGUACUUGGCCCACAACGGCAACUCCAACACCAACUGGUUCGCCAUCUGCCAGCAGUUCAACGACUUCUGCCAGCGCGUCAGCGGCGCUGUCGUGGCUUCCUUCAUAGCUGCAGUGCUCUUCAUCUGCUUGGUCGUGCUAUCUGCAGUCGCUCUUCGCCGCGCCCACUGACAUGUUGCUCUUUGCUGUUGCAUAAUUGUUUCUGUCUUCGUAUCAUUAUUGUAUGCUUCCAUCACUGUUAUUUCGU